GAUUCGGGGAGUGGGGAAGUGUUCCUCUGGGCAGGGUCUGGACACGCCAGCCUUCCCCUGGCUCUCAGCUGGGAGUCCUGAGCACGCGCCAGCUGCGUAUGCAGGCGGGUGCCUCACACCUGCUGUAGUCUUCUCCACCCCCAGCUGCGAGGCCGAGACUCCCCCAGUCCCGGAAGGCGCCCCACACCUGCUGCAGCAGUGCCCCAUCUCCCCACAGCUGCAGGGCUGAACAACCCCACGAGAGGCCUGCGACCAGGGCAGGUGCAGGGCGUUCUCCCUGCCUCCCGAACUUCCUUCACCCCCCAGAUUUUCCUCUGCGGGUCUGUGAUGAGGGUAGAGAAAGAUUACGUGGAGUUUAUGUGCAGAUUCACCCCCAGUCUCCACCCUUCUUGGGAACCUAAGUCCUUCCUAAAGAUGUAGCUACAUUGCCUAGCCUGGCAUACCCUUUUGAUAAAGCCCUUUGGGAUGCAGGAGGGCAGACACUGCACCAAAUCUUUAAAGAAAUCCUUCUAAGGAAUGAUAUCGUUUCGUACCCCUCAAAAGUACCCCUAGUAGUCCCGUUCUACCCCUCAUUUUGCCCAAUACUUUGACUUUGAAAGGCUGAUGAGUGUAGAGCUAGGCUAAACCACUAAAGUUCAGUUGGGUUUUGGGAGAUCUUGGGAAACUAGGCUACUGCCCCCAAGGCCUGGUAAGUGGAGACCCCACCUCCGUAAGCAGAGGGGUUGAGAAACCUCACUUAAAGGUUUCCACAUGACAGCUACCCUGAUCAACCCUCAGACAGAAAGGCCAGGAUCUAGCCAUACCUCAAUGGACCCCAGGGGCAUCUUGAAGGCAUUUCCCAAGCGAAAGAAAAUUCAGGCCAAUCCAUCAUCAAAAGCACUUGCAAAGAUUCCUAAGAGGGAAGACGGAGAAGGAACAGGAGAGUGGCUGAGCUCCUUGAGGGCCCACGUUGUGCCCACUGGCAUUGGGCGAGCCCGAGCAGAACUCUUUGAGAAGCAGAUUGUCCAGUAUGGUGGCCAGAUAUGCCCUGCCCAGGACUCUGGGGUCACUCAUAUUGUGGUGGAUGAAAGCAUGGACUGUGAGCGAGCCCUCCGCCUCCUUAGACUGCCCCAGCUGCCUCCAGGUGCCCAGCUGGUAAAGUCAGCCUGGCUGAGCUUGUGCCUGCAGGAGAGAAGGCUGGUGGACACGGCAGGAUUCAGCAUCUUCAUCCCCAACAGGUACCUGGACCAACCACAGCUCAGUAAGGCAGACCAAGACUCUUUUCCUCCUCCUGGAACCCAUGAGGGUCUGCUCAAGACAGCUCUUUCUCCUCCCCCUCCUCCCACCAGACCUGUAUCUCCUCCCCAGAGAGCAGAAGAAGCCUCAAGCACCCAAGCCCAGCCCAGCUCUGACGAUGAAACCAGUGAUGGGGAAGAGACCCAGGUUAGCGCCGCUGAUCUGGAAGCCCUGAUCAGUGGCUGCUACCCCACACCCCUUGAGGGAGAUGGUGAGCCUAGCCCAGCCCCUGAGGGCUUGGAAAAGUGGGUCUGUGCACAACCUUCAACCCAGAAGGCGACCAACCAUAACCCCCACAUCACAGAGAAGCUGGAAGUGCUGGCCAAAGCCUACAGUGUUCAGGGAGACAAGUGGAGGGCCCUGGGCUAUGCUAAAGCCAUCAAUGCCCUCAAGAGCUUCCACAAGCCUGUCACCUCCUACCAGGAAGCCUGCAGUAUCCCUGGGAUUGGGAAGCGGAUGGCUGAGAAGAUUGUAGAGAUCCUGGAGAGUGGACAUCUGCGGAAGCUGGACCAUAUCAGCGAUAGCGUGCCUGUGUUGGAGCUCUUCUCCAACAUUUGGGGAGCUGGAACCAAGACUGCUCAGAUGUGGUACCAUCAGGGUUUCCGGAGCUUAGAAGACAUCCGUAACCAGGCCUCCCUGACUGCCCAGCAGGCCAUCGGCUUGAAGCAUUAUGAUGACUUUCGGGAACGCAUGCCCAGGGAGGAGGCUACAGAGAUUGAGCAGACAGUCCGGGAAUCAGCUCAGGCCUUCAACCCUGGGCUGCUGUGUGUAGCAUGUGGUUCCUACCGACGGGGGAGGGCAACCUGUGGUGAUGUAGAUGUGCUGAUCACUCACCCGGAUGGCCGGUCUCACCAGGGCAUCUUCAGUCGCCUCCUUGACAGCCUUCGGCAGCGAGGGUUCCUGACGGAUGACCUGGUGAGCCAGGAGGAGAAUGGCCAGCAGCAGAAGUACUUGGGUGUAUGCCAGCUCCCGGGGCCUGGGCGGCGGCACCGAAGACUGGACAUCAUCGUUGUGCCCUACAGUGAGUUUGCCUGUGCCCUGCUCUACUUCACUGGCUCUGCCCACUUCAACCGCUCCAUGCGGGCUCUGGCCAAGACCAAGGGCAUGAGCUUGUCGGAGCACGCCCUCAGCACAGCUGUGGUACGAGACACCCGAGGCCUCAGGGUGGGGUCUGGCCAAGUGCUUCCCACCCCCACUGAGAAGGAUGUCUUCAGGCUCUUAGGCCUCCCCUACCGAGAACCAGCUGAACGGGACUGGUGACCCAUGGCUGGGGCAGAGGGGGCACCCAACUGGACCAGCUUCCCCACCUAGCCAUCCAGUGCUCCCCUCUAGCUUCAGCUGACUGACUCUCACUCUUUCAACCACCAGCUACCUGGGCCCGACGGAAAGGACCAGCCGGGCUCCCAGGGUCUUCCUAACCCUCCACUGACAAGAGCAGGCUGCUGCCCUGGUAGAAUUUUGUACGUGGCCCCUUGCCCUAUUUUAAGCAGGAACAGGUGGCUGGUUUGAAGCAAGCUUUCUGUGCUGAAAGCCCAGGCAACCCCACUUCCCUACCCUGAGGAAGGUCUAGCUGCUGGAGGUGGGAUUGGAGCUACAGGGGGAGAGGCAAGCAGCUGUGGCCCAGCAUCACCCAAGACCCUUUGGAGCAGGACAACGAGCUGUUCCAUGUACUCCCUCCACCCACCCCGCUUCCUGUGCAGCUGGAGGUGUUGGGAGGGGGUACCCCAGGCUUGGUGAGAACAGCAUUUGAAGCCUCAGGGGCCCAAUAAAGUGCAUUUGACAUUCAA